GAAACUCCUCCUUUGUCCUGUCUUUCUUUUUUCUCCAUGAUGCCCUCUCUCUCUCUUUUUCUCCGUCCCUCGAACACAAUCGAAGCCUUCACCACCACAGCCUCCUCCGCUCCCACGCGUCUGUCCUCCCUCUUCUCUUCCUCAUCAUGCCGCCACCGCCCUCCGCCCUCCAAGUCCCGCCUCUACGCCUCCUUCUUCUGCGGCCUCAUCCGCGCCCAUCUCGCCUGCGGCCAACUCUCGGCCGCCCUCCGCGCCCUCCGCCACAUGCGCUCCCUCGGCCUUCGCCCCACCCUCCUCUCCUGGAACCGCCUCCUCUCCCGAUUCAACUCCGCCGGCUUCGUCGCGGAGGUUCCUGCCCUCUACUCCGAGCUCCGCCGCUCCUCCGCCAAGCCCGACUCCUUCACCCACAACGUCCUCAUCCACGCUUUCUGCAAGAUGGGUUCCCUCGACGCUGCCCUCCGCGUCCUCCGCUCGGACGCAGAGAUCGACGCCGUGUCCUACAACACCGUCAUUUGGGGCUUUUGUGAUCUAGAAUUGGCCGAGUCCGCCCUCGGGUUGCUGUCGGAGAUGCUGAAGAAGGGGUUUCCUUUUGAUUGCUUCACCUGCAACAUUUUGGUCAAGGGAUUGUGCCGAAAGGGGCAGCUGGGGGUUGCGGAGUCGCUGUCGGAUAUGCUGGUUCAAGGCGGGAUCACAAGGGAUGUCAUCGGGUUUAAUACGCUGAUUGACUCGUACUGCAAGAUGGGGAAGAUGGAUGGGGCUCAAGGGCUGGUGGAGAGUAUGAUGGCGGAGAAUGUUUCGCCAGAUAUCGUCACUUGCAACACUUUGAUCCAUGGGUUUUGUCGGAACAGAGAUUUCGGUAUGGCGAGGAGAGUGAUGGAAGAUAUAGGUGCCCAUUUGGAGCCAAAUGUUAUCACUCACACGACGUUCAUAGGUGAAUAUUGCAAGAGGGGACAGCUCGAAGAAGCCUUUGUUCUAUAUGAAGAUAUGGUCAAGAGUGGGAUCUUGCCUAAUGUUGUCACAUACACUUCGCUGAUCAAUGGACUCUGCAACAAGGGGAGAUUGUCGGAGGCAUAUGCUCUCUUUAGAGAGAUGGAGAAGAUGGGUGUUGCUCCGAAUCAUGUUACAUACUGUACUCUCGUAGAUUCGUUAUUUAAAGCUGGCAGAGAAAGGGAUUCUUUUGCUCUUCUUGGUGAGAUUGUUGCUCGAGGUGUUGUGAUGGAUUUGGUUUUACACACUACCUUCAUGGAUGGACUAUUCAAGUUGAGUAAGGUUGAUGAUGCAGAGCAGAUGUUUCGGCUGAUUUGCUCACCUUGUCUCAUCCCCAGUCAUGUUGCAUAUUCAGCUUUGAUUGAUGGGCGUUGCAAGUUAGGAGAUAUGGAGGGAGCAGAAUCUGCAUUAUUGGAGAUGCAGAGGAAGUUGCUGAAUGUGAAUGUUGUUACUUACUCUUCUAUCAUCAAUGGUUAUAUUAGAAAACAACUACUUGCUAAGGCUCUUGAUGCUAUGAAAAAGAUGACGGAAAGAAAUACCUGUCCGAAUGUUGUAACCUAUGGAACAGUUAUAGAUGGCAUGUUCAAGAUUGGGAAUCAAGAAGUAGCUCUUCAGAUGUAUAAGGAAAUGAGAGAGGAAGGUUUGGAUGUAAACAACUAUGUCAUUGAUUCUUUGGUUAAUGGAUUGAGGAAGACUGGAAGGAUGGAAGAAGCAGAGAGUCUGUUCAGAAAUAUGGAACAAAAUGGUGUAUUGAUGGACCGUGUUAAUUUCACCUCCUUGAUGGAUGGGCUUUUUAAGAUUGGUAACACAUCUGCAGCUUUCAAUGUUGGCCAAGAAAUGAUACAGAAAAAUCAUGUUCCUGAUGUUGUUGUGUAUAAUGUAUUUAUAAAUUCUCUCUGCAACCUUGGAAAGUCUAGUCAGGCGAAAUCCUUUCUCUCUGAAAUGAAAAAUAUGGGUUUAAAUCCUGAUCAUGCGACAUACAACACUUUGAUUAAUGCACACUGUAAGGAGGGAAGGAUAGAUAAGGCUCUUGAACUUAGUAAAGAAAUGAUGAGUGUUGGCCUGAUGCCUAAUCGCAUCACAUACAAUACCCUGAUUGGAGGUCUCUGUGAGGUUGGGGAAGCGGAGAAAGCUGUGGAUUUGUUGAUUGAAAUGGCUGCUGGUGGUUUCUUCCCAAGUUCUUCCGCUUGCAGAAAUGUGUUACAUGCAUGUUCUAAAUGUAAGAGAGCAGAUUUGAUAGUACAAACACACAAGAAGGUAGUAAAUAUGGGACUUGGUCAUGAUAUCACUCUUUAUAAUACAAUGAUUCAUGCUUUAUGUACUCUUGGGAUGACAAGGAAAGCCAAUGUUCUUUUGAAGGAUAUGUUGGCAAGAGGGAUCAAAGCUGAUACUAUUACUUUCAAUGUUCUUAUGCUAGGACAUUGCAAGAGUGGCCAUCUUGAUAAAGCAUUUGAUAUGUACUCUCAAAUGCUUCUUGAAGGCAUAUCCCCAAGUAUUGCAACUUACAAUACCCUGUUAGGUGGCCUAUCAGCUGCUGGAAGGAUUGGUGAAGCAGAUAAGCUGAUAAACGAGAUGAAGAAAAGGGUGGUACUUCCAAAUAAUUUUACUUAUGAUAUACUAAUUACAGCCUAUGGAAAGCAAAGCAAUAGAAAAGAAUCUAUAAGGCUAUAUUGUGAAAUGGUAAUGAAAGGAUUUGUUCCUAAACUUAGCACCUAUAAUGUGCUUAUUAGUGACUUUGCCAAAGUUGGAAUGAUGAAGCAAGCCAUUGAGUUGUUUAAUGAAAUGAAUAAAAGAGGUGUAUUGCCCAAUUCUUCAACAUAUGACAUACUAAUUAGUGGGUGGUCGAAGCUACUGAAUGGGUCUGAGGUUAAAAGGCUGCUGAAAGAGAUGACUGAAAAGGGUUUUGCUCCUGGUGAAGAGACACUUGGUUUCAUUAGUAAAGCCUUUGCAAGACCAGGGAGGACGUUGGGAGCUCAGAAGUUACUUAGAAAGUUGUACAAGAUAUGAGAUGAUAAAGUUAGUAACCAGAAAAUUUGAAAGCCAACCUGUCAUGAUGGAUCAGGAGUCAAAUAUGAGUAAUUUUUUAAUCAAUGACUUGAUAAGAAUGAUGGUCACAAGAUAAGAGAAUCAUCCUCAUGGGAUUUAUUGUGUUAAGAAAUAUCUCCCGAGGUGCGGGGAAGAACCAGCUUAAGAGCCAAAGACCUCCUGUGGGGGCUUGAGGGAACAUCCAAUUCAAGCAGUCAAGCAGCGGAUGCAGGCAAUUCAUUUGUAGUUGGCACAGUAGAGGUGAACAGUUUGAAGAAGCAUUUGUUUUCUAUUUAUCAUCUGUCUGGAACCAAAAUGUUCCAGACAAUUGAUGUUGAAAAGUUCCGAACAUCUGAGGAAACAAAUGCAAGACUGUAAAGUUCUUUCCAUCGUUGGCUCAAUAAAGAAGAUACGAACUAUUCUUGAGCAAAUAAUAAGACAAACUUUUA